CGGCCCGGGCCCGGCGGCGGCGAAAUGGCGGCGUUGCGGGGCCCGGGCGGGCCGUGGGUGCUGUGCCUGUGCCUGUGCGCCGCGCUGCUGCCGCGGCCGGCGCGGGGCCUCACCGACGGGCUCUACUGCGGCCGCCGCGUCUGCUACGAGGUGCUGGGCGUCAGCCGGCAGGCCAGCAAGGCGGAGAUCGCCCGCGCCUACCGGCAGCUGGCCCGGCAGUACCACCCCGACCGGUACCGCGGGGAGCCCGCAGGCGGCGGGGCCGGCGGCGCGCAGGCGGCACACGAGAAGUUCCUGCUCAUCGCCACCGCCUACGAGACCCUCAAGGAUGAAGAAACACGUAAAGAUUAUGACUACAUGCUGGAUCAUCCUGAAGAGUAUUACAGGCAUUAUUACCACUACUACAGCAGGAGAUUGGCUCCUAAAGUGGAUGUCAGAAUAGUGAUCCUAGUUACCGUGUGUGCCAUCUCUGUGUUUCAGUUCUUCAGCUGGUGGAGUAGUUACAAUGAAGCUAUCAACUACUUAGCUACUGUACCAAAAUACCGUAUACAAGCCACUGAGAUUGCUAGACAACAAGGUUUACUCAACAAGACUAAAGAAAAAGGAAAGAACAGGCGAUCUAAAGAAGAAAUUCGUGAAGAAGAGGAAGAAAUUAUCAAAGACAUUAUUAAAAAUAAAAUAGAUAUAAAGGGUGGUUAUCAGAAGCCCAAGAUAUAUGAUAUCCUUCUGUUUCAGAUCCUUCUUGCUCCUUUUUAUUUGUGCAAAUAUGUGGUUUGGUACUGUUGGUGGAUUUAUUGUUUCACUAUUAAAGGGCAAGAGUAUGGUGUGGAAGAGAAGCUGUAUAUCAUACGAAGGUACAUGAAAAUGUCUCAGUCUCAGUUUGACAGCUUAGAAGAUCAUCAAAAAGAGACCUUUCUUGAACGGCAGCUGUGGAUACGAGAAAACUACGAGGUCUAUAAACGAGAACAAGAGGAGGAGUUAAAGAAGAAGAUGGCCAUGGAUCCCCGAUGGAAGCGAUACCGGCGGUGGAUGAAAAAUGAAGGACCUGGAAGACUGACUUUUAUUGAUGAUUAAAAGUUGACGAACAAAAUGUGUGCUAAUGUUGAAAGUGAUUUGCAAAACUUUUCAUUACGUCGUUCAGAGUUUUGUCUGCUGUGACUUAGCAGUGAUCUAAAACUCAGGAAUUUUAAAUCAGGCUGAAGCAUAAUACAGGUUUACCAUUUUUAUAAAUCAGACCUAUUAAACAGGCUCAGCUCAAUGUAUAUAUGCCAUUUACUUGGGGAUCUCAGUAUGGAAUUCAUUAUUCCAAACAAUGUAUUUUUGCUAGAUAUUUCACAUUCAUCAUCAAUGGAACCAUAACUCUAGUUUUUCUGAAAAUGUUCCUAGUUCAAACUUUGAAAGUCCUGUUUUUCCUCUUUAAAUUGAAGGGUUCCUGCAAAUGGACUCUGGAAAUUCAUAAAAAGGAUUUCGAAGCAAGGACCAUUUUCUGUUUUCCUCUCUUUUCUCCUACUUUUCAAUCUAAUUUCUGAGAUGCCAAAUUGUUUUUUUUUUAAUGUAAACAAUAUGGGGAUUAUACCAGACUACUGCUGUUCCUGGUCCAGUUGGAAAUGGAUUUUAUUUUUUGUGGGAAUAAAUGAUGCAUGAUUGAUCAUCAUCGUGAUGCAAACAAGCCUUAAUUCUUUGUUCUACAGAGUAAUUCAUGAAAUAGUAUGUUUGGAUAUUUUGUGUUCGUUUUUUCAUCUUGUACAUUGAAUUAUACCUACUUGUUCAGAACAAGUAUACCAGUGAAUAUUAGUCUACUAAAUGUGACGUUUCUUUCACCAAAGUAUUGGUUAAAGGGAAAAAUGAGCCUUUUAUUAAAAAGGGCAAUUUUGAUGCCUUAAGUAAAUAAAAAUUUAUAUAUGCACACUGAAUUUGUUUUAAAUUCUAAAUCUAAACUAUUCAAUGUGUUUAUCUCUUCUGAUCAGACCUCGGAGUACUUAGAAUAAAUGAUGCAUAACAGCAGACUGGUUUCCUCUGUAACUCAGCCCAGGUCUGAGAGUUUCCAUGAUUUGCUGGUAAAAGGGAUUCUGUUACCUUAUUUCUCCUCACUAAUUUUACUGGGGAAGGGCAGAUGGGAGCAUAGUCUUUCGCUUGUCAUUUAUGACACCUGUAAAAGCAAGUUCCUCUGAAGGGAACGGCUGAAGAUGGUGUGUGAUUAGCUGCCUUCUGUGCAGAUUGGUUCUCGGAGCACAGCUUUUGAACGUGCUGCUCCUGACAAAGCCCAUAGUAGCUAAACAUUUUAAAAUGCAGAUUAAUUUUUGAAGCAAGAAGUUUCUGAUUCUGCAAAUGGGACCUGUCCUCAUUCUUUGCAGAAGAGUCUUCUUUAUGCUUCUUUUCCUAGUUUACCUUUCACAUACUUCUGGAAUGUUUGUCUCAGUUUUCUGUUUAAAAUAACACAUGUUCAAAAGCAUGAUAGAAGCAUUAUGCUAAGUCUCUGUAUGCAGUAGUAAAACUGAAGAGGAAUUGCUAGAUUUUCCCUUCUCUGUGGACUGUGUAGCAAUAAACUUAAUUCACUUUGUAUUCAA